CCAUUAUAGAAUUUCUAGAGCAGCCUUGGAGGAGGGCCAGCCUAAAGGGAACAGAUGGGAUGGGCCUGGGCACUGCUGAGCCAAGAUGAGGGAAGUAGGUUAGCUCUGAGCCCAGGAGGGUUUCUGGAGCCUUAUUCUGAGUAAAGCGUUGGUCUUCUUGAACCUCAGAAGAUAGGGGAACCACAUCCUGGUCUCACCCACCCACCCUCGUGUUAGCAGCCAUCUAAGCCCCACCCUAGCCCUCAAACACUUGGGUCACUUGACCGUGUUUUGCCCCUACCUCCUAGUGACCCAGAUACUGCCAUUAGCAGCAUCCUCUCUCCUCAGGGAGGCAAGAAUUUGAUGCCUGAGGUCCUAGGCAGUUGAGGUCCUUGACAAGUGAUGUGAGAGUCCCGUGUGUCAUAGGAAGCUCCCCACCUCCAUCUGGCAACCCUGGCCACGAGUAGCAGGUUGUUCUUUCUCCACCCAGAGCUUACCGCUCAGGUCCCCCUCGCCAAUUGAAACAAACACCCUCUGACAUGCCCCGGAUGCUGUUGCUCAUCGUUAUCAUGGUCCAUCCAGGAUCCUGUGUUCUCUGGGUGUUCCAGCCCCUUGAGAUUCGUACCCAGGAGGGCUCUGCUGCCCUCUUGCCCUGCUCCUUCAAUGCCAGCAGAGGGAGACUGGCCAUUGGCUCUGUCACGUGGUACCGGGACAAGGUGGCCCCAGGGAAGGAAGUGAGGAAUGAGACACCAGAGUUCAGGGGCCGCCUGGCCCCUCUUGCCUCUUCCCGUUUCCUCUGUGACCACCAGGCUGAGCUGCACAUCUGGGAUACCCAAGACUGUGACACUGGAGUCUACGUGUGCAGGGUGGAGGUGCUGGGUCUUGGUGCUGGAACAGGGAAUGGGACUCUGCUGGUGAUAGAAAAAGGACCUCCUUGGCUGGGGGCCAGCACAGUCCUCCUCCUUCGGGCGGCAUUCUAUGCCUUCAGCUUUAUCUCUGUGGCCAUGGGCAGCACCAUCUAUUACCAAGGAAAAUGUAAGGAAUGGGGCCAGGGCAAUAGUGGAAGAGAGCUGGAGGAGGGGGAGACAGAGACCAGGAAGAGGAGGGCUGUGGCGAUGGGCAACCCCUGUUGUCUCUCCUGCAGGCCACUGUCACCUGGGAACAUGCUGCCACUCCUCAGAUGGCCUCUGAUGAGUGAUUCGAGACCUCAGCCAUCCCAACCCUCUUCAAGAGACCCCAAUAAAUCCUUCUCUGCCCCACCACUAACUCCUUAUGAGUCUCAUGUUUUUCCUUUUCCAUUCUCCAGGUACCCAAAAAUGUCCCUCUCUGGGGUCCCCUGACUCUUCCUAACUCUCCCUUCUGCCAAGCCUGGCCUGGAAAGGUCCAAGGAGCGACCUUCCCAGUAAUUGUGUCUGGAGCCUCUCCCAUCACCAUCCAGGACUCAACACCUCCACCUCUCUGGGGUGCAGGGGGCUAGGUCUGAUUCUGCUGAGAAAUGGGGCAUAUGGAAUCGGAUUAGCCCCACCUGUUAACUCCCCAUUCCAGCCAGGCUCACACAUGUACUCUUUCUGGCCUUCA